AAUGCACGUCGCACGAUCCGAUCUUCGUGCUAUAAUAACUCGGCCCGAUCCCAAGGGUAUAAGAGAUGUCCCAACCGAAACCGGGCCUCAGUGUGUCAUACGAGAAGGACAUGUCAACGUCGAAGAGCAGCUCACUUCUUCGUCUCAACCAGGAAUGUCGUGGGACCAGCGAUUGGCAGGACCACGACACCGACUCGGAGAUCAGCGACAACGAGUUCCUGACCAAGGGCGCCUUCCUGCUGACGCCCAGCCACGACCUCAGCAUGGAGAAGGCGGCGACUAUUUGCGAGAAAAUGAACUUCCGUGGUGCAUUUUCCCUCACGAAAACGGCGACCGGAAUUUUAUUCAAGUUUAGUAACAUCGACGAUUUUCAGGCAGUUUACAAGAAAGGUUUUCACAAAGUCACUGGAGCCCGAUUUUACAAGAAGGUUGCCAUACCGUGCAGACCGGCGAAGACGUUUACCGUCUACGUGCUGGAUGUUCCCGAGGAAGUACCGGAAGACGACAUCAGGCACGCCCUGUACAAGUAUCGAUCUAUCGUCGAAGUAACGAGGCUGCCUCUGCAAACCGGAACCGUGCUGAGGGCAAUUAAUGACAAAUUAAAAAGUGAUGCCCAGAAUUCAAACGAACCAGCCACCAUCUACACCGGGCCACCAGUUAUAAGGGUCACCCUUGCCAGUGUCGAGGAAACCUCGAUGUUGCUCAGCCGGGGUUUGGAUUUUUAUGGGGCUACGUAUUUUCCAACCGACACACCCCAUCCCGCGGCUCACACCCUCUCCAAAUACAAAAACAACAGAUGGUCGGAACUAGCAUCACUGGGAACUGGACAGCGUGUAAGGGACCUACUUCCGGUUUUCGACAACGCGGGUUUUAGCAAACUAGCAACACCUGCGAGCCGCGUCAUAAAACCCCAAAGAAACUGACGUUUCCUCGCUAAGGGCAAUUGAACAUGACAACACCUCAAGGAUCUACCCAUAAACUAUAACAAAUUAACUUUGAAAUUUUAUUUUGAAUUUCAUGUUGACAAGUAAUAAAUUAUAAAAAAGGUCCAGGGAGAAGUUAUGUAGGGGAAAUCGAUCUUUAAUGAAUAUUUUUUUUUUAUCACUGUAAAAAGCAAUUCGUUAAUGCUUCUUCAAGUGUAUGAUUCUUAUAGCAAUAACUUUAUUUCAUUUGGAAUAAUAUGUUUCCCAUUAUAAUAGCCUAUAAAUAAAGAGCGGAUUAGCGAAUCUAUGAAGUUAUACUGACAAGCGCAGCUGGGUUCUCACAUCCAGAGAACUGUCGGCCCGGCAGAGAGGGGGUCUAGAAGCAACAUGCGUACCUGAGGUGCGCACACACGGUUGCUGUUGGUUGCCCUGGUAACACUAGCGAUAAGCGUGCGCGCGCAUCUCAGUCUCACACGUUACCUUCUGACCUCCUCUUUGCCAAAAAGACAUUUCUUUGAAUGUGAGAGCCGAGCUGCGCUCGUCAGUUAACUUCACAGUUGCCAAAUAGGACACGUUUUAUUAGCUUGGAGUAAAUUCUCACCGGACCAGGGCUAAUUGUUACCCCUCCCUGGUGCAGUGAAGUGUGAAUAGAAAGAAGAAGAACUUCACAGUUGCGCUAAUUCACCCUCUGUCGAUAGAGGAAUUUCUAAUAAAGUACGAAAAUAUAUGCGAAAAAUAUUUCUUUUCUAAGAAAAUUUAAUAUCUUCAUCUGAUUAAACAUAACCUGAUAUCUUUUUCUCUAAAAGUAUAAAAAAAAAAAAUUGUUGUGUCAAAAAACAAUAAUAUUUGUAAAAAAAUAAGUUUUCUCCAUAAAAUAUUGAUUUCCUCUCUUUCAAUCUGAAUUAUACAGAUUGCCCUUGUUUUAUUUAAUUAAAAAAAAAUCUUUGCAAUGUUAUUCACUGCAAGAGUUCUCUGUUCUAAUCUUACGCUGAAUAACAUGAAGUCAAUUACUACGAAUUUAAAUAUUUUCGAAUAAUUUAUUAAUUAUUUUAAUUUUAGGACGAGUUGAAAUAAUCGCAUUCCACAGAAAAACUAGUCACAACGUGCCUCCAUAAUGACAGUAUAGUCGCGUAAUUUACUUACAGUAUUUUAAUUAAACGUUUAAUGAUGGAGACAAUGUCCUAAGCGUAAUCUACUAAUAAGAAGUUAAAGUUGAUCAAAUUCACUACAUUCGCAUUGUAUGAGUCUCAAAAGCCUGUAUUAAAUAUAAAUUUCAAUUUG